AUGAAGUUUGCUGCUGUGUUCGCUCUUCUUGCUAUUUGUGUGCUCGCUGCACCCAAGGUUGAGGUCAAGGCUCUGGUUGAGUCUCUUUGCCCCGAUUGCAUCCGUUUCACGAAGGGUGCGUUGCUGGAACUUACCCAGACUAAGGAUAUCAUGGAGAUCAUUAACCUGGAAAUCGUUCCUUACGGAAAGGCUCACAUUGUCACUCGCGACCCUCCCACCUUCACCUGCCAGCACGGAGAGAAGGAGUGCUACGGAAACAAGGUCGAACUUUGCUCCCUUUUCCACAACCCUGAUCACGGUCUUGCUAUGAUGAACUGCAUGCAGAAGACCUACAGCUUCGACGACGAGACUGUCAAGAAGUGUGCUGCUCAGGAGGGUGUGGACGCUGAGGCCAUCAUUGCUUGUGCCAACGGAGAGGAGGGCAGCAAGCUGAUGCUGCGUGCUGGUGACAUCACCCCCACUCUGAGCUACGUUCCUUCCGUGCUGGUCAAUGAUAAGCUCUUCACUGAUCCCGAGAACGUGAUUAAGCACAUUUGCGAUGCUUACACUGGAGAGAAGCCCGCUUCCUGCAAGUAAGUAAGUAAGCAAGCUGUAUGGGCAUUAGUCAGUUUCGAUUAUCUCA